CACAGUUAAACUCUGUGUCUUGUAUUCUCCGACAGCAUCUGAAAGCCUCAAGAGUCACGUGAACAUCACGUGAGAUACAGAAAUGCAGCUAGCUCCGUUUCUUAAACAACAACAAUAAUGACGGCCUCUCUGACUGCAGGUCUGGACAGGAUCCAGGAUCAGAUCGGCUACCUGGUGAUCAGCGAGGAGGGGGUGCUGGCC